AGAAAGACAAAACCCACAACAUAUUGCAUAAACCCUAAAUUUCAACUUUCACUGAAUCGAUUUGGAAGACGAAAAAUUGAAAGAGAGAUUCAAAAUCGCAACAAUGUCAGAUAGAGAAGACAACGAUUCUGACGCCCCUGAGGAAUUCACAGCUGAACAGGGUAUAAAAUUAGAUGAAGAGAUUCGAAAGAUUAAAAGAGAAAACGCCAUUAGGGUUAAUACUAAAGAGAAAGAACGUCGAAGGAAGUGGGCUCAAAAUAUAACGCCUCGACCAUCCAAAGCUGUUAAGAAAUCUCAAGAUGUAUCAAUAACUGAAUCUGAGGAAGAACCAAAAACUGCUAAAAAAUCUCGAGAUACAUCAAGAACUGAAUCACAGCAAAAACCAAACACUGCUGUGGGAUUUCUUCCACAAAACAUUGUUGAUAUGCUUGCAGCCCGCGAGAAGAAAACUUUCUUAACCGACACUAAUGAGGACAAGGAUGAAGAUGAAAUAAAGCCUACCACUUCAAGGAAGAGAAAAUCCAAGGAUUCAGGUUCUGGACCUCGUAUUGUGACCCAACUAGGUCCUCCUCCAUGCUUACAGAGUGCCUUAGAUUUCUUGAAAGAGAGGAAAAUGUCGGUUCCAAGAUCGUCUGCUGUUUUGAAGAAUUCCAAACAAGCAUUGCGUCUUCUUUCUAGUUCUGGGAUCAUACGCCAGAAAUGAGGAUUUUUAUUUCCUUAUAAAUUUAUAGAUUGUUUUGGCCAAGAAGGUGAGAUGUUAAUGUUGCAAUAUUUAUUUUUAACAAUUCAUCUUUGCUGCUUCUGUCGGUCCACUGUACUGAAUUGUAAUGUUAAGAUAUCAUCAAUGUUAGUUGACUUUAAUUA